ACUUUCAACGAUGUAUCCACAUUUAUACAGCUUUAAAAAUAAAGCCGAUGUGCCAUAGUGGGAUACGUUUAAUCUAGGACGAUGUUUGGAAACAACGAAAGGUGUUUGAAUCGUUUCACGAAAACUCUGAAGAUAUUACGAUUUUUAAUGCUGCAGUUAGUUUUACCAAUGCAAGGAACUGUUUGGAUUUUAAUGUGAUUAAUAAAAAAACAACAAUACGUGAAUUAUAUUAGUGUAAAUACUCCGCUGUGAUAAUUAACAUAAACAGUAGUAAAAUAAAAACGUUUCCAAGAUGAUGUCCAAAAAGCAACUGGCUUGUAUGCUGGCCCUGCAUAUCGUUUAUCUUCUUGUCGGUGCGAGUAUUUUCUACCACAUCGAAAGUCCCGUAGAAUUGGCGCAAAGAGCCGAAGAAAAACUGGAAAGACUUGAAAUCCAAAAUCUCUUAUACGAGAACUACAUCCCAAAUGAUCCUGAGAAGCAGGAUAGUAUACUGCGAAAGCUGUCGGAUUAUUGCGGCAAGUCCAUGUUCAACUACACCACAGAAGAUGAAGAGCCACCAUUUAAAUGGGACUUCUACCAUUCAUUCUUUUUCUCCUACACCGUCGUCAGUACUAUUGGAUACGGUAAUUUAUCUCCAACAACACAUUUGUCGCGAAUCCUGAUGAUAUUUUACGGACUGUUUGGUAUACCGAUCAAUGGUAUUCUUUUAGCAAAUCUCGGCGAAUAUUUUGGAUUACAGCUUAUAUCAACAUACCGGAAAUACAAGAAGAGAAAUGAAAAAAGAGCUGACAAUUUGGACUACUUCUUCAACAACCUCGGUAUGCUGGGACAAAUCAUGCUGUACUUGAUUCCUGGAUUUCUUUUCUUCAUAUUUUUGCCCGCUUGCAUCUUCGUAGUAUUUGAAGGAUGGGAUUAUGUGGCUGCUGUCUACUAUGCAUUCGUCACACUGACUACAAUUGGAUUUGGAGAUUUAGUUGCAGGAACUGUCAACAACGGUUUCAAGUAUGGCUACUACUUCACGUACCAGAUAUUCCUUAUUAUCUGGAUUACCUUUGGCUUAGGAUACAUUGUCAUGUUACUCGGAUUUAUUACCAGCGGAAUGAGAUCCGAGCGAAUACACAAAUUGGAACAGAAAUUGGCAUACCAGUUAAAAUCGACUCAGAGUAAAAUAUUCCAAGGUUUUACAAAAGACAUGGCCAAUAUAAGGAAGAUCAUCAACGAAGCAAAUCUUUUAAAGUUAAAGCCAGUAUAUGUAGAAGCAGCACCGCAAAUUCAUAGAAGUGCAAGUUGCCCCAUACUUACUUUUGACGUAGAACCAAGAGGGCCGAUAGUGAAAAGAAAACGUGCAAACUCAGAAAAUAUUGCCCUUUCGGCGAGAGACAUGCUUCGUAUACAAUCAGAUACAGAUUUACUUGGAAUUGAUAAGGAAAAAACAUUUACAGCUUCUGCUAUAGUAAAACCAGCAGAGUUAUUAGCGAGAGUUGUUAAUGUUUUAGGGGGAUUCGAAGCGCAACAAGAGAGAGGUGUACAUAUGUUUGAUGAUGAUCAUAUACUGGCAACUGAAACCCCGCCUAUAUUCAGCAUAGGGCAAGAAAUUUUAUCUAGUUCUCCAAAAAGAACAAGAGCCCUAAGUGUUGCUGUACCUAAUUAUAGAAAAGAAUCAGUUUCAAAAUUAGAUCAUGAUUUCACUUGGACAAAUGGGGAUACCGCAGAAAAAUACAGAAAAGAGGCCAAUAUGAGAAGUGGAAAGCUAUCGCUUCCCACCAACAUUGACUCUACAACCACCGAUAAAGUGCAGCCAUCAAAAAGUUUAUUUUCAAGACUAUUCAGAAAACCAAGUGCACACGAAAGUCCUACAGAAUAUAUUAAAAAUUCUAUGAAAGGCAGAGUUAGUCUAGCGCAAGGUUCUAGUGACAACAUUCAAGAAAAAACUAGACGCGGUAGCAUGUUCCCAUCAUUUGGAUUUGGAGAAUCCUCUCCAGAACACAAAAGCGAUGAAAAUUCGUACAAAGAAAAAACUAGACGAGGAAGAUACAGUAUCUUUCAAAUGUUUGAUUUUAACAAAGACGAAGACGAUGAAGCAAAAGCUUAUAAGGAAAAGACUAAGCGAGGCCGACAUAGCAUAUUUCCAACCUUUGACUUUUCUGAAGAUGAAGAUAUGGCUGCAGCCAAAGCAUAUCAACAUAAACCAAAAAGGCAUAGUAUUUUUCCUACUUUUAAUUUCAGUGAAUAUGAGAAUACGUCCUCUUUAAACGAUUACAAAGAGAAAACUAACUCUGGUAGGCGCAGUAUAUUUCCUACAUUUGAUUUCAGCAAUCUCGAUGAAGACGCUAAACGAUACAAAGAAGGAACCAAACGUGGCAGACAUAGCAUAUUCCCAACGUUUGAUUUUAGUAACCCCACAAGUAAUGACGAGGAUGAUACAGUCGAUGAAGAGGAAGUACAGAAAUAUCAAAAUCGAACACGAAAAGGCCGUCUCAGCCUAUUUCCUACAUUUGGAAAAUCAAAGAAAGAUGAUGAUGAUACGCUUCCAGAGAGUUCUGAUGAAUUAGUCAACUAUAAAGAAAAAACACGUCGCGGACGAAGUAGUUUGUUCCCUACAUUUGGUAAAGAUCGGAAAACUAGCUCACCGUGCGGUAGUACCAGUGAUCUUGAAACCAGUAUAAGACAAUAUCAAGACCAAACAAAAAAAGGUAGGAAUAGCUUAUUUGCAGGCGACAUACAAAACUAUAGAAAUGCUACCGAAGGUGGUCGAAGGAGUCUUUUCUCUGGCGAUAUAGACGAAUACAGAAACAUGACUAGACGGGGUCGUCCGAGUUUAUUUGAUCCUGACGUAGAUUUGUCUACUCUAUCGGAAUCAGCACAAGUAGAAGUCUUGGAACAAACUAGUGUAGCAGACUUACUUCGAGCUUUAGCAGCUUUAGAGACUGCUUCUCAAGUAGCUAACAAUACGAUCGGGACAGACGGAGUAUCUGAUAAUGGACAAAAUAGAAGGCGUGGAUCUCUAAGGCCUGAUUUUUGUUUACCGCCACUUCCUAGUAGAUUCGAAACAGAAGAUGUAACAGGGCCAAGACGUAGAAGAGUUUCAGCUAGAGCGGCCGCUCCACAAUUUACACCGACCCUUGCUACUGUGGUUGCUGGUGCAGAAUUACAAAUUACAGCGAAAGCGGCGAGAGAAAACAGAAUGUCUAUGUUAAAUCAGCCUCCGCCACCAUACACUGAGAGUACACAAGAAGAGCCACAACAACCAAGGACUAGGAGAUAUUCGCCAGCUCCAACUGAUUUAAGCCGUUCUAGUGGUCCCGUGCCUAGACUUUUUUCAAGAAUACGUAAAGAAAGUACUUCCAGCCCCGAAUCUAGUUCAAGGCGAGGCAGUUUAACGGAUAUUGUAAUUGAUAGCGGUAGUAGUAGUACGAGUAAAGAUAAAACAUAGUCUUAAAUACGUGCCUUUUUAGUGCAAUUUUACUUUUAAGUAGUAUUUAAGGUCUAUAUUUAGUACCAAGCCGUCCAUUUUUAAAGUUGCAUUGUAACAUUCCAAAAUUUUACAAUAAUUGCCUGUUACAUUGUGA